GUAAGCUUCGAGGUCAGCGGCUAUCCAAAUUACGUUUUAUUAAUGUUAAAAAAUUGAUUUCUCUUUAACAAACAGUAAUUUUUGUGCUAAACACAUUUUCGUCGCUAAAAAGCUAACGACAUACGCGGAUAGUCAUAAUUUAAGUGCAAAUUAAAAAAUUAACGGCGUAAAUCAUUGCUAAUAAUGUGCAGUAUCAUACAAUGGUAUUCAUAAAGUAAUAUUACGAGUAUAUAUACGUGACUGUAUCAACGCUUCUAGAUAAUACUUUUUUGCAAAUUAAUUUAAAUUAAUCUUAGCCUUCUCUACGUUGAAAGCUCACGUUUAUUUUCAAUUUUUGAGUUACGCAGAGGGCAGGGAAGUCUGGUGUAAAUUAGAAAAACGAAGGAGCAGCAGGUGAGCGAGGUGAUAAGCAAUUACACCCAAGAAACUGCCGUAUUUGGAAAAAAACGAUGGGGCGCCAAGACGAAAUAAAGAGCAAUGAGCUAGGUUGCCCAACAUCCUACGGUGAUUCGCUACGCACGGGAGGCACAACCAGCGUUGAAAGCAAUGACGGAGAAAAAUGGAAAGAGGGUAAUCUCAGCGACGGGGAGAUGCUACGGAUCGUUGAAAAAGUUAAUAGCGAAAUAACAACGAUCCCCAAAGAACAGCGUCGCGAAUGGCUAAUAGAAAAAUUCAAUGGAUACUUCAGUUCGGUCAUGCCGAAAUCGCUGAUCGAACUGUUUGCAUCGUUUUUCUUCGACGGUGGCAGUGGUCCAAACAUCGAUGCGAGACCGAACUGGCUCGAUAUCGACAAGUUUCGCCGCGGACAGAAGCUGGCCUUGGAUCAGUGGUUCGGAAUCUCAUAUGCUAACUUACUCUCACUGUUCAUUGUAUUCUCUUUUGAGGAUGGACUCAAGCCGCUCAUUCUUACGAAUGCGUCCAGUACCCCUUAUACUGCUUUCAAAAGAUACUUAUCAACGACCACGCGAAUACAAAACUGGUACAGUACGGAUCCUUGGACACCUGGCACCAAGGCAUACAACGACAUUCGUGCGGUCCGUCGAUUGCACGUGAUGACUCGCAAGAAGAUUCAAGAGAUGCCUCUCGACGAGUACUCGGAUAAAACAACGCUCAAAGAUGCUUGGUGUCCCGCACUGAGUCGCAUGCGACGCGACGUGGAAUCGGCCUCCUCUGUACCACAAACCGGUCAAUGUCCCUACACGGUCUUUAACAAUUUUCCGCAACUGAAGCAACAUAAAAUCAAUCAGGGUGAAAUGUCUAGUACCCAAUUUGCUUUCGUUGGUAUCCAAAUUCUACAUCCAAAGUUCUUUGGAAUGCACAAUGUCACGGAUGAAGAUCUCGAGGCUUACUGUCAUCUGUGGAGAGGACUUGGAUAUCUUCUUGGGAUUGACGAUGAUUUCAACUUCUGUCGAGGCACACUAGAAGAGGUGCGAACACGUUCAAGAGACUUUUUGGAGUACUGGGUGAAACCGAAUUUCCGCGUAGUAAGCCCCGAAUGGGAGCACAUGACGAGAUGCAUGGUCGAGGGCCUGCAAUACUAUGUUCCGGGAUCGAGCUAUGAGACUUAUCUACUCGAUUUGGCCGAAAUCACUAAUAUACACAUGCCGCGAACCUACAACGCACUGUCGUAUUCCAUUUGGAUCAGACACAAUAUCGUGAGAUUCUGUUUCAACCAUGCAAGCAAAUUACCUGGUGUAAGGGUAUUUUUGAAUCGCCGAGUGAUCGCAGCAUUAGAAAAGGCACGGAAUUUCGACGAAGACAAGCAUCAGGAGUUGAAACAAAGAUCCGCGAAAACGAUUGACUCUUACCUUCAACAAUCGAAAAUAAAUAAACCAAUUAAUAGUUGGGAUACAUUUGUAAAUGCAAUAUGGAUGUGGACUGCGAUCUUAUUUUUUGGGAUUUUACUUGCUUGGCAGUACUAACAGGUUAUGAAUUUGGCUGUUUAACAGCUAGCGCUAAAAUGGAUUAUAUCAUUGAUUUUGUACGUGUUACACAUAUAUCGCUUCAGGGCAUAUUAGCAGUUGCAAUGGCAAUAGUAAUUCUAACAAUAUAACCGUUUUAUGUGUUCCCUUUCUAUAUCGGUACACAAACUUUGGAUGUAUUCAAUAAUUUGUCAAAGUUAUCUUGAGCACCAAAUGUGAUUAUUUUUGUAUAGAAACGUGAGUGACGAAAAAAAUAUUAACAAAUGUAUUAUAUAUAUAAAAUCCUUUUUAUAGCAUAAAGAAAAAUUGA